AUGGAGUCGGGGGCUCGCCAUAGUGACGGCACCGCUUCAGCGGAGGGGCUUCCCAGGACUUGGUCCUGCGCUCGCCUUUCCAAGUCAGUCCCUGGACCAAAAAGGGAUAUAGUGCAACUCACAACGAUUGAAAUCAGGAACAAGAUAGUAGAAUUGGAAGAAGGAUUAAAAAAUGUUGAUGAUGAAGGUAAUGAAUGGAAAAUUCGUUAUGAAGCACAAAUUGAAAUUAAUAAACAGUUAGAAAAGCAAAUAUUAAGUCUUCGAGAGAAAAUGGCCAAAGUUUAUGGGAAUUCUUCAGAUAGAUUAUCUUCUAUUCGUGUCUAUGAACGGAUGUCAUUGAAUUCUUUAAAUCAAUUACUUAAACAGCUAGAAAAAGAAAAACGAAGUCUUGAGUAUCAAGUGAAAGAGUAUGAGCUUAGACUGGAACAAGCAUCAAAGGCUUUCCGUAAGACCAAUGAUGAACGACGUGCCUAUUUAGCAGAAAUAUCUGAGUUAACAAUUUCACAAGCCUCUAAGAAACAACCUAUGGAUUCUUUGGCUAAGAUGAAAGAAAAUCUCCUUAAAAGAACUGGAGGCCUGACAAUAUGGUACAAGCUGAAGGGGGUUGAGAAUUGUGAAAGGGGAAGAAGAAUUCCAGUAAACUGGAGGACAUCAGAUAUCAAGAAAGGACCAUUUAAAAAGACUGCAAGAACAAACUGUCUUCCAAAACUAAAUGCUUAA